CUUUAUCUCAUUUCCUUCCUGAGAUACCCUGUUUCCGCAAUGGCACAAAGACUGGAAAUUCCUCAUCGUUUAAGACAGGCAACCUUUUGCACUCCACUAUGAGACAGCAUGGCCUGCUUGCAGACGAGAGCGCCUGUGCUUAGGAUGAGUAUGACUAUUCUGAUGGUUUCACUGACUGUUGGAAAAGGAUUGGAUAUAAAGCAGCCUGACCACUGCAGAGCAGUUUGCAGUAAUUAUGGCAAACCUGACUGCAUAACUCUAAACCAGGGUGAAGUGGAUUUUAAAACAGCUGAAGAAGCCUGCCAUGACAGGAAAGGAGAACUUCUGCAGUUGUGCUCUAAGAGUGAUAAGAGGUUGUUUGACAUUCUGAGUCAGGAAUUGUUUGGGAACUACUGGAUCGGGCUGCAUUUACCAGCUGGUGCCUGCAGCAACCUCUCAGCUCCACUGAGAGGCUAUAAGUGGAUAUCUGGCAGACCGGGCAUCACCUUUCUUCCAUCCUGGAAUAACCACAUUCAACUCUGCUCUCCACAUUGCGUAUCACUGUCAAGUGAUGAAAAAUGGACAGAGAGACCGUGCUUAGAUAAAGCUGAUGGGUUUCUGUGCAAAGUUGAGCUCCAAGAUGCAUGCCGUGGACAAGAAGUAUCGCAUCCAACCCUUUUUCAAAGCUAUAAAGGAUGUUCACCUGGACCAUGUGAGCAGAACUGUGAGGAUUUUAAGGGGGGUUACACAUGCUCUUGUUUCAAACGAUAUAUACCAGACAACAAAGACCCCAGGCAGUGCAAACCACACUGUGCACAAAAGAGAUGCCCUAGUAUACAAGAGGCUGGCUAUGAUGUAUGUCCUGAAGGCUUUCUAAAGGUUGACGGAAACUUUUGUGAGGACCCUAAUGAAGGUCCAGUCACAACUCCUCCAGUUGUAGCGUUUGUCAAACCACCCAUCAGCAACAAUACACUGAAGGCGUCUUCUGUUCCUGGGGUGCGCUUUCUGUGGGUUUGGAUUGUGGUCAUUGUUGUUGUCAUUGCAUCUAUUUUUGUCAUUAGGUUUUAUGUAGUUAAGCGUAACAGGCAAAGAGAAAAUUCUAAUCGCAACAACGUUGUGACUUAAUUAUUGCCCCAAAAUGACAGAGUCCUCUGGCUCUUUGUUCUUUAUCGCAGACUUGGGUAUUCUGUGUUGUCUCCUAGUUAUUUAAUGGUACACUCAUGAACCUAAAGGUGUGGUCCACAUCACUGGGAACAGAAAACGCUAAAUGUUUAAGUGGUUUAACAAGUCAAAGUAGCUCUAACCUGCACCUCCAAUUACUGACUGGCCUCCAACUAUUAGUUCCAGUCAUAUUUUCUUCCUCAGAAGCCUGACCAGCAGGCUGAGCCUAUGGUCAUUACUCAUGGUUUAUUUGUGUGUUUUUGUUAAAAAGGAGCGUAGAUUAGAUGAACAACUGGCCAGAUGUAUAGAUGAAUGUAAAGAAUUCCAAAUGUUUUACAUCUCAUUUUUCCUUUUGGAAAACAAGAAAAGUGAGAACUACAUUUUGAUACAUGAAACAUUUUAACAGCUAUCAUUUUAGGAGGUUUACACCUUUAUUUUAUUACAUAAGAGCUUAUAUGAAUGAAACCCAAUGUGCUGUUCUUGUUACUACUACUACAACAUCAUCUUCAUUUCAGAAAUAUACAUACACACACACACACGCACACGCGCACACACACACACAUUCUCAGACAAAAACAAAAAUUAAAAUAAAAUAAAUAGAAUCUAAAUUACAUGAAAUGACAACCGUUAAGUCUGAAAUGGAGUAGGAAGAAAUAUGUACAUACUUAUUAAUCCCUACCUUACGCUCACUCUAUUGAAUCACCAUAUUCAGUGUUACCCCAACUUCCCCUCAUCACUUCCCCCACACAAUAAGGAAUGAAGGACAAAUAUAAAGAUAGCUACAGUGAUAGCUAUAAUUCAGAUACAAUUUAGCAUAGUUAUAUAUACUAUCAGUCAUCAACUUUAUCAGUUUCGUAUUCUUCCAAAAGCAGUAUUUGAAACAUCUUUAUGAACUCAUUAAUGCUUGAAGAUAUAAUAUAGAAGUAUAUAAAAUGUUAAUUUUAUAUAUAAAAUGUUAAUUUUAUAUAUAAAAUGUUAAUUUUAUAUACUUGCCAAAAAGUAAUCAAACUAUUUUUACAAUCUUAACAUACUUAUGUGUACUUCACGUACAGCAUAUGUAUAAAUAUGUUAACGCUGACCCUUUUCUAUAAUCAUUUACAUUUGUACAUUUAACUGGUUGCAAAUGAGUUUUAAAGAUAUGACAUGUGUAUACUUUUAUUUCAGGUCUUUUUUGAGGUAAUUUUAUGGUCAAUUAUGCUUCAUGUUCAAGCGUGAAUUCUUUCAGAUUUGCUCUUAUAGCACCAUCUACUGUCCUCAAGAACAAAGUGCUGAGAAAGCAGGCAGUCAGAACUGAGUCAAAUUGUAAUUUGGGAAAUUACAGUUUGUUCCAACAGAAACCGAAUUACUUAAGCUGUAUCUUCUAAUAAUAUAGCAUUAGUAACAACUGUUUUAAAAUAAAAAAUAUCACAAA